CAUCCUCACAGAGACUGAAGAAGAAGAAGAAAAUGGCAGAUUCAACCAGCAGCAGCUCUGACUCUUCAUCAUCAUCAUCAUCCAACAACUCCUCCUCUUCCUCACUCAGAGACCUCACACACUCAGCCCUGCAGCUCGUCCACUGGAAACAACCCAAGAAGUCGGCGGCGUCAUUCGGCCUGUCACUGCUGGUUCUCAUCUCUGUGGCAACGCUGUCAGUCAUCAGUGUUGUGUCCUACCUGCUGCUGGCCUGCCUCUGUGUCACCAUCACCUUCAGGGUUUAUAAAUCAGUGAUUCAGGCUGUCCAGAAAUCAGACGAAGGCCAUCCAUUCAGGUCUCUAUUGGAGAGGGACAUCUCAAUGUCUUCGGAGUCAGUCCGCCAGCUUGCUGAUCAGUCUCUGAUCCACCUGAACUGGUUAAGCAGUCAGACCAGGAGGCUGCUGCUGGUUGAAGACCUGGUCGACUCUCUGAAGUUGGCUGCUGUCAUGUGGCUGAUGACGUAUGUUGGAGCUGUGUUUAAUGGCGUCACGAUCCUGAUCCUUGCUGACAUCAUUUUUUUCACCACUCCACUGGUCUACCAAAAGAACAAGACACAGAUUGAUCAGAACUUCGACUUGGUUCGGUGCAGAUUGGAGGAGACGCUGUAUAAGCUGCAGGACAGGUUACCAGGAGCUGUGAAAAGAACCAAAGCUGAGUGACUCCCUGACCUUCAAACACUGUGGCUCCGCCCUCUCCUCUGAUUGGUCUAUUUGUCAGCGACUCACCUGCUGAAUUUAUU